AAAGGAGAGGAAACCAAACAAAGCCAGGAAGCCUGACAUUAACCCAGGAUUCAUUGCGUCUAAUGUUGCCCCACUCACAUCCAUAAAAAAACAGGACAUUGACUCGCGUUUGCCUUUGAAAAGCCGGUUUCCAAGACUUCGGAUCGCACCGCUUUGUUCUGCUGCUGAGGGAGAGAAAAACAGCACCUUUGGGUGAUGGUGAGACAGCACUGAGCUGCAUGCGCAUUUAAGGGUGGUCCAUGCGGGGGCUGUGGUGUUGGUGCUGAGUCUGUCCGCCGUGCAGCGUCGCGGUGAUGGACGGGAGUCGGUGCAGCCCGGCGGACAGUCCGGUGGGCGGUGUCCUCUCAGCGGAGGGUCUGCCGCCGCUACCCAAAGGCCUGAGCGGCAUCCUGAACUCCAGCGGCGGGUCGUGGCGGGACAUCGAAAAGGUGCACAGCAAGAGAGCGCGCAUCCAGGCCGACAUCAGCCGGGGCGGCGGGGACGCGCAGCGCGGUCACAGCAAACCAGGCGGACUGGACGCUGCUCUGGCUCUGCUGCGGAAAGAGAUGGUCGGUCUGCGUCAGCUCGACAUGUCUCUGCUGUGUCAGCUGUGGUCUCUCCGCGAGGCCAUCCAGGAGUACAAGGGCUCCUCGCUUCUGUGUGAGGCCUCGUUCAGUGCUGAUAAUGGAUACUCUGAAGAUGAAGAGGAGGAGGAAGAGGAGGAAGAAGAUGAGGAGGAGACAGGAGUUCUCUCACAGCCUUCUUCUUCCUCCUCGUCCGUGUCUCUGCACCCACCCAGCAGCAACUCCAGGGACCAGUGGAUCAAGGAUUCCUUUCAUAUUCCCUGACGGAGACACAGACACACUUUCUUACUGUUUUAUACCCAACUGCUAAGACAUACUUUAUUUGACGUCCCACUGGUUGAAAGUGUUUUGGGAGAAGCUUAUAAUGCGAGCUAUGACAUACCUUUGCAGAUGUGCCCAUUUACACCUGCAAGUGUAAUUUAGUGCACAUGUAUAGCGAUCUGAUACAUUUAAGGAGCAUCAAGUGGCCUACAGGGGACCUGACAGUUGUCUAAAAGUCUGGAUUCAUGGAGAUACAUCUACUUUUUACAUUUAGUUGUUUUCUCAAUACACACACUACAUGUCAGGAUUGGUGGGUAACGUAAAGAAACAGCGUCUCAGAUUGAUGAUACCGCGUAUAUUAGCAUCCAAACUCGCACUACCUGGCUGUUAAAUUUGCCAUCUGUUGUAUGUUGCAGCAGAAAUGAAGCCAACUAGAAACAGAAAGAACAACACAGAGAAGCGAGACCAGUUCUUAUCAGUUUUUUGCUCUUUAUUGCAUAAUCUACGUGCUACUACAUGCUGCUGGCCUUGCAGUGAAGUUGAGGUGGGUGGAAGAUUUCCUAAGAACUGUUGGGACAUCUAUCAGGACAUAUCUUCUGCAUGUUUGUGGUUGUACUGAUAAUUCCAGACUCUUCAGACUCUGCUUUGUGAAUUGAGUGAAAUAAUCAAUUGGUAUCACACCAUGUUCCCGACCCUUUAGUGUCUUGACUGAAGAACAGAAGAGCUGUCAAUCAAUAAUCUGUAAACCCUUUAACUCUGAGUUACAUUUAUGAGACGGAAUGAGAAUUAUCUUUAGCUUGUUAUUAUUUCAACUUCUAUAACCUGAAAUCUGUUGAAUUACAAACAAUGAAUGAACAGAAGCUUAAAAUCUUGAUUUUCAGUCAUAUAUAAUCUAUGAAAUGUAUAAAAAAUUGUUUUUGUAACCUGUUUUAUGCUGGCCAGGACACUCUUGUAAAAGAGUUUUUUUUAUCUUAACAAGGCACUUAUGUUUAAAUAAAGUUACAUAUAUUCAAA